UUGGAGAAACUUCAAAGAGAGAGCCAGGAGACUGUGUCACACCUCCAAGGAAAGCUGAGUGACACCGCAGCAUACUCAGAGAGGCUUCGAAGCGAAAGCCAGAAUACCGUGUCAGACCUCAGAGAAAGAGUGAACGGACUGACAGAGGCGUCAGAGCGCCUGAAGGCGGAAAACCAGGAGCUCAAGGAGCAGUUACGAGGAUCGAAGCAAUUUCAAAGUGCUGAAUGGGGCGGUGGCACGGAUGUCAAGGUUGAAGCUGCGGCGGAGGCGUGCGAGGCCAAUAAGGAGGAGGAAGAAACCACAGAGAAGGCCGAGGAAUCCAAGGAGGAAUCUGUGGCCCCCGCAAAAAAGGAGGGAUUCUGGAAGAGGACCUGGCGAAACGUGUCG